CUGUUCCCCUGGAAAGAGGCGGGCAGGAAUUAAAGGAAAUGGCGUCUCCAAAAUCCUUAUUGAAUAUUCUGACCUUCACUUUUGGAUCGGCAAUUGGUUUUUUCCUAUGUUACUUACUGUUUAAUUUAAGAUUAGAUGAACAAAUCAAGGUUGAGCCUCACAUUCUUCAUAAUGAUCCUCAUGGCCAUCAUUCAGAUAAUGAUGAAAACAAUAACCUGAAAGGACAAAUGAAUUUCAAUGCUGAUGCUGGGCAACAUAAAGAUGAAAAUAAAAAUAUUGCUGAAGACUUGUACCAGAAGGUAAGAAUACUUUGCUGGGUGAUGACAGGUCCCCAAAAUCUGGAAACAAAAGCCAAACAUGUCAAAGCUACUUGGGCCCAGCAUUGCAACAAAAUCCUAUUUAUGAGCUCUGAGGAAAACAAGAACUUUCCAACAGUAGGAUUAGAAACCAAAGAAGGCAGGGACCACUUAUACUGGAAAACUAUUAAAGCUUUCCAGUAUGUACAUGAACAUUAUUUUGAUGAAGCAGAUUGGUUCAUGAAGGCAGAUGAUGACACUUACGUUGCACUGGACAAUUUGAGAUGGCUCCUCUCAAAAUACAAUCCUGAAAAACCCAUUUAUUUUGGGCGAAGAUUUAAGCCUUUUGUAAAACAGGGCUAUAUGAGUGGUGGGGCAGGAUAUGUGCUUAGCAAAGAAGCUCUGAAAAGAUUUGUGGAUGCCUUCAAAAAUAACAAAUGUACUCAUAGCUCUUCCAUUGAAGACUUAGCAUUAGGCAAGUGUAUGGAGAGCAUUAAUGUUGAAGCUGGAGAUUCUCGGGAUACAAGCGGCAAGGAAACCUUCCAUCCAUUUGUGCCAGAACAUCAUUUAAUCAAAGGAUACCUUCCCAAAAACUUUUGGUACUGGAAUUACAACUAUUACCCUGCUGUGGAGGGCCCUGCUUGCUGUUCUGAUCUAGCAGUUUCUUUUCACUAUGUAGAUGCUACUACUAUGUAUCAUUUGGAAUACUUGAUUUAUCAUCUUCGUCCUUACGGUUAUCAAUUCAGAUACAAUCCUGAUGUCCCAGAAAAACAAAAUUUAAGUGAGGCUACAAAAGGUGGUAUCAAACUCAAAGCUGAAGAAAAUCUUCCAAAGCUUCUAAAUAAGGGGUUGCUCAGCUAACAGUGGCAAAAUGAAUUUCCUAAGUGUAUUUCCAAAGUAUUCUUUUGUAUCCUUUUCUAAUAUGCUGGUACAUUUUUUCCAUAUGCCAAGGGACUGCAUGCAGUACUUCUAUCAAAGCUUUACUUUACUGACACAUAGACUCAAUCUGUACUUGAAACAAAUACUUUUGUUUUUUUUCACACAUGGACUUUCAACAUUGUCAUCCUUUUGCAUUAGGAUUUGAAUGUAUUAUUACCUUUUUCUAACAAAAAAUUCACUCUCUCUGCUUUGUUAAAUCAGAAAAUGAUGAAAACAUUCAAGUAUGCAUAUGAAGAAAACACUUAAUGCCAUGAAAUCAUCCAAAAAAACCUGCAGCAUCAAAAACGACGGCAAGAGGCCAAAUUUAAAUAACAUUUUCUUAACAGCUUGAAGACUUUUAUUGCAAUUUUUGUAUCAUAGCCAGAAUGUUUCCAUAUAAUGAAGUCUUAAUGGUAUCCAAAAGACAGGUGCAAAUAUCGUUAGUAGAUAUGUGUGAAUAUAAUUCAGUUAUUAGAAAGAUUGUUGUCUAAGCAAACAAAAUAUUUCUUGAUAUUACUGUUUUUCAUUUGCUUUGUUUCGCUGUUUUAACUUCCUCUGGAACAUGAAUUAUUAUAUGAACUAUUCAUUAGAAAUAGCCUUCUUUAAGUUUCAUUCUAAAUAUUCCGAACUGGAUUUGUUUAUAUUAGAAUAUUAAAUAAUGUUGUGAAUUUAGUAUUUUUAGCUGUUUCUACUUUGCAUUUAGAGUUAAAUACUUUUUAAUUAAUCUUCACUAAUAUCUUGGUAACAAAUUUUGACAAUUACAUUUUUUUCUUUCUUGUUUUUCAACACAACAAGAAGAUCAGUAUUAGGAAUAGGAAAACAUGUUGAGUUUCAAAUACACAAUUAUAGAUAGCUACUGGAUAAA